AUGUCAACAGGAACUUAUUCCACGACGGUUUCCGUAUGCAAAAUUCGUCAAGGAAAUAUAAAAGGAAUUAGUCUGGAAAGGAAUAUGGCAACUAUCAAAAUGCAUAGUCAACGCUCGGGACCACAGCAGCCCAUUCCAAAACG